AUGAGCCAAUUCGUGCAAGGGGCUGCGGAAGAUGCUAAUAGGCCAGGAUUCAUGUUUAUUGAUCGACGAGUAUUGCACCUCAACUUUUCCCGGUGUGUGAGACAGGGCGGAGCAACUUCACAAAAUUGCUGGCCUCGUCUGAAGAAUCCCAAGCACAAGUACCACGUCGCAAUGGCAGCAGCAGCAUUUAAUUCCGUCGCAGUUGCAACCACUUCAGCCGCUGUGUCUGUCGCAGCAGCAGCCACUAUCGUUUCUGUUGCAACCGCAACUGCCGCCACCGCCGCAUCUAUUGUUAACAAUGCACAGCAGCGUCGCAACCAGUGGAUAACUACUCGCCCACAAUCUGCCGAUAUCAUCCGGUGGAUAGGGGAGGGAACGGGUUGGUUUAAGCGAAACAUUCUCUGCAAGGUGAAGCAACAGUUGCGGGAUGAGCUGGCUGAGCGGAAUUGGGAGCAGUACAUCAAUACCCAGCCCGCCGAUAAUCUCAAGCACAUUGUCAGGCUGAGCGGCUGGUUGCGAGGCAAAAUUGAGCACAAAAUCAGACAGAGGAUGCGCGAUGAGUUGGCCGCGCAGCAGCAGCAGCAGCAGCAAAAUGGUCCAGCAGCAGCAGCAGGUAGCCGCAACAGAUGUUAA